GGCUGCUUGUUUGGCUGCUGCCGUCACCUCAUGGCGACUCGGUUAGAGGAGGCAGCGCGGGGAAGAGGCGGCGGCGCUGAGGAGGCGACUGAGGCCGGACGGGGCGGACGGCGACGCAGCACGCGGCAGAAGUUUGUAAUCGGCACAAUGGAAGAAGCUGGAAUUUGUGGGUUAGGGGUGAAAGCAGACAUGUUGUGCACCUCUCAAGCAAAUGAUGUUCUUCAACGUCAAGACUCCAAUUGUGAUAGUACAAGUAACAGACACUCACUGGAAGAAGACACAGGCAGCGCCUUUGUAACAAAUAACAGGAAUUUGGUGAGCCCAUCGUACUGCACACAAGCGUCCAGGGAGGAAACUCCUGGGCAAGAAGCUCGAACCGACCCCCCUGAUGGGCAGCAAGAUUCAGAAUGCAACAGGAACAAGGGGAAAACGUUAGGAAAAGAAGUUUUAUUAUUGAUGCAAGCCCUAAACACCCUUUCGACUCCAGAGGAGAAGCUGGCAGCUCUGUGUAAGAAAUAUGCUGAUCUUCUGGAGGAGAGCAGGAACGCUCAGAAGCAAAUGAAGAUUCUGCAGAAGAAGCAAGCCCAGAUCGUGAAGGAGAAAGUUCAUUUGCAGAGUGAACACAGCAAGGCCAUCUUGGCAAGAAGCAAACUCGAGUCUCUUUGCAGGGAACUUCAGCGUCACAAUAAGACAUUAAAGGAAGAAAAUAUACAGCAAGCACGAGAGGAAGAAGAAAGACGUAAAGAGGCAACGGCACAUUUCCAAAUGACGUUAAACGAAAUUCAAGCCCAGCUGGAACAGCACGACGUACAUAAUGCCAAACUCCGUCAGGAAAACAUUGAAUUGGGGGAGAAGCUGAAGAAGCUCAUUGAACAGUAUGCACUGAGGGAAGAGCAUAUCGACAAAGUGUUCAAACAUAAGGAACUGCAGCAACAGCUCGUGGAUGCCAAACUUCAGCAGACGACACAGCUCAUCAAAGAAGCUGAUGAAAAACAUCAGAGAGAGAGAGAGUUUUUACUAAAAGAAGCAACUGAAUCGAGGCACAAAUAUGAACAAAUGAAACAGCAAGAAGUACAACUAAAACAGCAGCUUUCUCUUUAUAUGGAUAAGUUUGAAGAAUUCCAGACUACCAUGGCAAAAAGCAAUGAACUUUUUACAACCUUCAGGCAGGAAAUGGAAAAGAUGACCAAGAAAAUUAAAAAAUUGGAAAAAGAAACGAUAGUGUGGCGUACCAAAUGGGAAAACAAUAAUAAAGCGCUUCUGCAGAUGGCUGAAGAGAAGACUGUCCGAGAUAAAGAAUACAAGGCCUUUCAGAUAAAACUGGAACGGUUGGAGAAGCUGUGUAGAGCUCUUCAGACUGAAAGAAAUGAGCUCAACGAGAAGGUGGAAGUCCUUAAACGGCAGGUCUCGGUCCGAGCAGCAGACGUGGAGUUAAUGGUGCCGGCGUCACAGCCCUGCGCUGCCCUGGAGCCCCACAAGGAGCCGAGCCUGGCCUCCGUUGGUGCCCCCAGAGCCCCUGUGGCGGCAGAGCCCGAGGCUGCCCGAGAGACCCUGUGCGCUGGCACAAUUCCAGGCAUUGAUUCCCUUGACUAAGUGUGUGAUCACUGUAUCGAGAGAGAUUUUGUGUAUAACUUUCUCUGCUAGUAGUUAACUGUUGGUUUUGUGGUGAGAACUUUCUUACUUUUUCUACCAUAACUGUAUUUUUCUUAGAACUACUGGACUUAAUGUGGUGGUACAGGAGGCGGCUUAGCAGUCUCUUUUGAAUCUCUACCUUUUCCUCAGCUGUGUUGCACAUCUGCCUCAUUUUCCCCUUCACUGGAAUGCAUGCACUCAUUGCCUGGUCCUUUUCCCUGCUCCUUGCCCAUAAUUGAAAUUUCAGUCAGGACAGGACCCACCAUUACCAGGGAACUCUGUUCUGAUAAUGUUUCCUUGAUGUGAAAACUAUUAAAUUUCCUGGCUUCCCCUUAAUAUGAUUCAACAAAAGAAAACAUAAAGAUGAUUAGUUUUGUCUAAACAGCCCAUUUAAAUGCCAAGUGAAAAAUAAAACUCUAGUGCUGGAUCAGAAGCAAGCCAAGCGUAUUUAAUCUAAAUUGGCUUUCUGUUAAUAUAUCACUUGACAAAUUGAGAUGGCCACAAGCCUCAAACCCUUCAAAGCUGUGGUAGGGUAUGUAUAUAAAGAUGUCUCUUGUAAACCAAGUAGUACAUACAGGCAAAACACUGGACAAACAAGCUUAGGUUUCAGGUGAGAACAGGUGUGUGGGAUUUGCACCACCUGAAGGCUGACUGCAGAGGGUAUUGGUCUUACUUGAUUUCAAUUUGGGAUUUGGUACUAUUCUCCACUUCCACGGAAAGCUGGUUAUGCUCUGAAAACAACUGUUCACGUCAGUUUAAGACGAGGGUAAAUUCAUGGGUAGCUUUCAACAGGCAAAAAGUCCGUCUGUUACCUUCUGGUUUCGUGCAGGUUGGUGUUCAACUGUUCUGAGAAUGUUUUGCUAGUAGGAAACGACAUCAGUUUUCAGAAAUCAGUUUCAGUUAGGAGGAAACUGAUUCCAUUUCCAAAACAUAAAAGACUGGAACAAACAUUUUUACUUUGGGAAAACUUGGCAGGGUGUCAGUCGUGAUUUGUGUAGGCUUUCAGUCUAUUUCUCACCCCUUUCUUAUAUACUGUGAUUUAAAAAAAAAAAAAAAAAGUAUUAUCAAGGUCCCUGCACUUGGAAUGGGGGAAAUGCUAAAUUAAAGCACGUAACUUUUGCGUUAGUUUCCUUAACUUUGGCUUUUUUUCCCCAGUGUCGAAUGUGGCUAAAUUAUGGAAAUGAUUAAUCAGGCUGCACUGAUGAAAGUUGUGUCCCUGGUAUAAUUUGCAUUGAAAUACUUUUUGUAAAAAACGUUCUGCUAGACAUUCCACUGAGCAAAACUAUCAAACUGACACUUCUUAAAUUGAUUACUGGAGUGAAUAAACUGUUCUCUUCUGUCCAGUUAAAGUUUUCUCUUUGUUAAAGUUCUCUGUGAGGUCCUGUCACAUUCAUGGUCUAAACUGGGCUGAAAGAAUUGAAAAUUGCCAAUACAUGGCAAGCAGCACUGGAGUGGAGGAUUAUACCUCAGCUUCCACCGCCCAUCAUUUUCAUCAAGGUCUAGAGAGCAGAGGACGAGAUACCUGCAAAGCAGGUUAUCUCAUUACUGUCAAAAUGAGGCGGAAGCAGAAACAAAAACAGCCUCUUGCAGCCUUUUGUAAGUACUCCCCCUUCGGCUGCGAGAGGAAAUACGGGACUCAUCGAUGAAGGUAUAUAGCAGAAGUGUAAUCUACCUUAAAAUUAGUAGUAAUGAUCAGUUUUCACAGGAACUCUUCGAGGUGUACAGCUUGUGGCAUUUUAUUCAGCCAGCUUUGUGGCCCACCGUGUCGCUCUGUGGUACUUGUUGUGUGUGGACGAUUGUGAAUCUUGGACCUGUGGCUUAUUUUCAAGGGCUUUGUUAAGCAAAUGCGAUUAUAGUACUUGGCCUGCUGCUUACGGCUUACGAUGUAUUUGUAGCUAGACGCUAUCAUGGUGUUUAAAGGACAUGGACUCUGUUGGGGAUGCAUUUGGUGUCCUUUCUGAAUCUCUCUUCCCAUUACCCUGUGAAGACUAAAAACACGGCCCUCUGAGGAGGACACUCUCCCAAAGCAAUCACCUCACCAGCCCAGUGUUGUGGCUUUGUAGCACACCCUGUAUCUCCCGUAUUCUAGAACACUGUAAUGCUACUAGGCUCAGAAAAGGUUUAAAUGUUCACUCACUCAAACUGCAUUUGUUGCACCAUCACGGAAUCUUGAUUUGUACUGUUUAUAGUGACAGACUCCAAGGUGUAGAACAAACCUGAGUCUUCGAUAAUGGACCAUUUCAUCCUCAGACUAUAAGAAUACAUUUCUUGGUCUUGAGACCAGUGAUUUUGAGUUAUGUGUGUAUGUAUGUAUGCAACUGCCUUUAUUACACCUGGUGAUCACAAUUCAAUUCUCAGGUGUUGCAGAAAAAUCUACCUCUUUCAGACUGUAGAUGGUAAUAACUGUGAAAAAAAUGAUGCAGAUAUCUUCUAGUUUGUGCUAAACACACUGCUUUAUUUUUACAGCCCACAUCUUUCAUGAGGAUAUGAAUUAAGAGGCAGUCUUGUUUUGCUUUUCAAAGACAUUUUGUAGAGAUUUUUCACUGAUGUGAAUCUGAUUUUAUCUACUCAAUUCUGUAUAGCUUCAGUAAAUAUGUAUGAGAAAUUUCACAGCUUCUGUGUAUUUUUUGUUACCUGUGUGUCCUUAAUUCUAUGAGGAGAAUCAGGUCCUAAGACUUGUAGAUAGCUGCUUUCUCAGGUUUUAAAACAGCUUAAUUAUUGUACGAACCAACAAUCUUCUGCUUGGUUGAGGGAAAUCUCAUUUUAUGUACCUGAUUAGUACCUAUUUUUCCCUUUAAAAUAGAGGGCUCUAGAAUUACAGAGCACAGCUUCUGUCAAGACUUUUGAAACCUACAGGGACUCCACAUUUCCGCAGUCUCAGCUGGCCUCAGCAUACACCUAUUUGGACAACAAGGGAUACUUGAACAUAGCAAGGGUCUUAGGCUUAAGCACAUGUAAUCCUAUAAAGAGGGGUUGGCAUUCCAUAUUUCUUUGUUAAAUGACCCUUUAAAAAUAAGAAAACCAUUCCUACCUGGUAGGCCCUGCAAGAACAGGCCAAGAGGCCAAAUUGCAGGCUGGCGUGUCCCCUUUGAUGAGUCCUGCUAUAGGAGCAAACAAGCUUUCAUCUCUUGGGGAGAAAGCUAGUGUCUGUUUAAAACUGCCCAAGUGAAGGCACAAAGAGCAUAUGGGUUGAACGGUGUGUUUUUUUUUUUUUUUUUUUUUUUUUUACAAAUCAACCACCAAAUAGAUGACUAGCCCCUCUUCCCCCAUUCUGGAUUAGGACAAGCAUGUGCCCUGGAAAGAAACGUAAUAAAAGUUCUACGUGUAUGCAUUAACAGCUUCCUCACUUAUAAAACAAGGAAACUGGAGGCAAAGUCAAAUUUGACCCAUUUCUACUCUUUAGCAUGCUCCUAAAAGAAGAAAACGAAAUUUAUUUUAAAACUUUAUUUAUGCAAAGCCAAUCAAGAAGUAUUGGAGGGAAAAAGUGUAAAAGUUAUUCUUGCAUAUUUGGGAACAGCAAGCAUUUAGUUUGAGAAAACAAGGACUUAAAACAGUGGAAUCAAAGGCAGUACCCCUGCUACUUGUACUUUAAAACAAAGAAGAUGCUUUCUCUUAAGCAACAUCCCUUUCUUCCCUAACAGCUACAAUAUGAUACAGUACGCAACAGCUCACUUGAAAGUGCUAGAAUCAAAGGUAAAGAACGUCAUGCCACCCACUCACGUUUCCUACUAUACAAUGCCUUUUUGGCGCUCGAUAAGGCAAGCAUUCAUGGAACAUUUCAUUCAACAGAAAAAUCUCUUGGCCUUGGGGUUUAAGAUCCUUGCCCCUCCAGUUCCGAUGCUGUGACAUCUGACUCUUCAUCAUUGUAGAUGUUUUCAGCCUGGAGAAAACCAAAUAAGUCUGUAGGUAAAACUCCCGUGGUUUUUAUAAAAGCAUCUAAAAACGGCAUGUCAUAAUUCUGUCUGACUAGAUCUUAGGAUUCAUUGAACAACGUGUUUCAGUAUUAGAAAUUAAAUAUGGGCACAUUCCUAGGGUGAUUUAUUUACCAGUUUCGUUUUCGUGGUUCCCCCCCCCCCACCAACAUCAAUAAUUUCAUGAGAAAAGGUAGGCCAGUAUUCUCAGAAAUUAUUUGCAAUUGUGUAAUUCCACACACAUACAUACAAAGCUACCUACAUACAACUUUUUUCAAUUACUGUUCAUAAAAAGUUUUCCAAAAGCAUUUUGAAACACCCGGGGGGAACGAUAGCCCUGAUGCUGCUAAAAAGGUUGGUUAGCAACAAAAGAUCUUCAAAAGGUCAAGUACUCAGUGCUCAUCAUCAGAAAACUCAGUGCCAUUUGACUGCCUUGACAUUUUCCUCCGGUAUCCUUCAUGGCCACGACACAGUAGAGAUGCCACCUGACAAAACACUGCGCCAGUCACAAACAGUGGCGCAGAAGCUGCAUCUACAUCUGUGUGUUUAUAUAGAGAUUUCUCCCCACCCACAGGUGAUAGAAAUGGUGGAUAAAGCCCUAGUACUGAACUAAACGUUGUGUUGUCAAAAUGGUUGAAAUUCUCUUUUCUAUAAAUACUUGGUACAAUAUGCACCUAAAUAUUUGAAAAAUGUCUGCUAUAUCACUGUAAAUGUCUCCUAUCCAGGAAAAACAAUUUUUUUAGCUCACCAUUUGCCAUAUUUGCAUGAUGUUAUCCUCAGACACCGAGCAAAUAACCCAAGGCUCAUUGGGGUUCCAACUAAAAUCUGAGAUCUUGGCGGUGUGUCCUCCAUGAAUAAACUGUUAAUAAGAACAACAACAAAAAAAAGCCUUCAUUUCAUAUGCUGUCACGGUAAUCUGACACUUGUAUCCAUUAAAGAUUUUAAAAGUUUGUUUUUAUACCACGGGUCUUUCAACUCGGAGAUCCUGUUCCCAUGGUUUGGAGGGAGGAGGUAUAGGGUCAGUAAUCUAGCCCUUACCACUUAGUAUUUUGAAAAUUUCCAAACUUUCAGAAAAGUUGAUAGAACAGUACAAUUAACACCCAUAUACCCUUCACCUAGUUUCACCAAAUACUAGUAUUUUGCUACAUACACUUUCUUUUAUCUCUAUCCAUCCAUGUUCACACAAACAUACACACACUUGCUGAACUACCUGAAAGUUGCAAAUUGGAUACUUCACCAUUAAGUCCUCCAGCCUGCUUUCUCAUAAGCCUAAUGACAUUGUCCUGCAUGACCACGAUGCCAUUUCCAUACCCAGUGCAGUAAGCAUUAACUCUAGAGUCCUCUAACAUACACAGUUAGGUGCAAGUGUUUAAAUAACGCAUUUCCAGAUAGUCAUUCCCUGAAGUUGGCCUACCCGAGGAGUCUCCGAUUCUCUAACCCCUUUCACAGAUUCACUUUCCCAAAGCAAAGGUACAUCUCGCCCCUCCUUGGUCACCCACCCUCAAUCAGCCAAGGUGCACUGGCCCAGGGUGAGAAAGCCCUUGGGGCUCCAAAAGCAGAGCUCCAGAGUCCCAGUGAGGGCGAAGGCAAGAGAGCUCUGCUGAGAAAUGAAGGAAGGAGGCUAGAGUUCACUGGAGACCACCUCAUGGGAAAGCUCUGUGCUUUAUUUACUUUAGGAUUAAGAUUCCAAAGAAACAGUUGUCACAAGGGCAGUAUUAAUGCAUUGUUUCAAAGUAGAAAGUCACACUUUGUGGCAGAAAGUCUGACUGCGUUCUUGUUCAACAAUGGACUCUCUUGUCUAGUUGUAUGCAAUGUAACCAUUUUACCUGAUAAUUUUAUCAGUUCAAGAAUGGAAGAUGGAUAAACAGCUUUUCAUAAUACCCUUAAGGGGGUACACAAGUGAAAAAAUAUGGUAAGCUCGCUGCCUUGGAAUAUAUACAGAAAUUGAAUCAUCAAUACAACUUAUUGUUAUAUUAGUUAGAGUCAGCCUCCAGUUUAUGGUAUUUUCAUGUCCCUUGAUUUCAGGCAAAAAAAAAAUUUUUUUUUUUUUUAAUGAAAAGAGUCAACAUCCUAGUGGAUUUUAUCAAGGACCAUGAUAUUGUUGCAGAGCCACCACAUACAAAGUAAUACAUUCUCCUCUCCCUGCAACAGCAAAGGAGCUGGAAACCUUGAAAACAGUAUGCUAAAGGAAGAAGUCAAAUAGCUGAGGAAAAAUAGCUGGUUGCUACACCGUAUCUAGAAAAUACUUAAAAACCAUCAAACCCUGCUUCGCAAAACAGAUUUUAAAGAAGUCGCUCAGUGUAAUGAGUUGGAACUGACUCAGCGGCAAUAGGCUUUUGGUUUUUGCUGCCAUCAGUACAGGGCAGCAGUGUGUUGAGAAACCUUGUUCUUUAAGCAGAAGAAUAAAACUUGGGCUUACUCGCAAGGGCCUUCUUUACCUUUUAAAACUGGUGGACAGAGGACCAGUGUACAACCAAUUAAAUAAAGGCCUAAAAAAACCCCACUGCCGUCGAGUCUAUUCCGACUCACAGUGACCCUAUAGGACUAAGAGCUAAAGAAAACAGACAUCACAGAGCAAUGACUGGUUAUGUGCCAAAUGACGGGUGAGAUAAGUGUUGAAUUUAAAGCAAGGACAAGGAAACCACUGCUAAGGCUGGCAACGCUUCAGAGAAAAGUGACUUGAAGUAGGCCCUGAAGGUCUCUGAGAGACAGACGGACAAGGAUGGACACCAUCAGGUGAACCUGGGUAGGGGGGCUUACACGCGAAGAUAACUGAAGGACAAACAGGAGGGAGAUGGCUGGGCAUUGCUGACAUCAGUCAGAUGGAUGAAGCAUUCAUUUUCUCGGUAGGAAACUUAAAAAUCAUGGUCAUUAAGAAUACCCAUACUUGAAGUGUUAAGUAUUGCUAAUUCAGUAUCAAUACACUCCCCUCUCCCCCCCAAAAACUUCAGGAAUACUACAAUUGAAAUCAGUGCGAAAUUACUACCCACUAUUUUCCAGGAUAUCUCAAACUACUUUUAAGUGGAAAAUUCUUAAAAACCUACUGGGCUAUAAUUUACUAGUUCCAAUAAAUACUGAAACAUGGUCAAGAUAACCUUCAAGACUUCCAUUUUGAAAUCAUCUUCAAGAGCUAGAACUUGAUGUUCUGCUGCGUAUAUUCUCAACAACAAAAAAAUAAACUAAAAAAAAAAAAGUUAGAACUUGAAGUUCGGACACGUUAUCAAGAUAAACAGACCCAUUACAAAUAACCCAAUCUGCAGAUGACAUUUCAUCUUGUGCAAGAAAGUCAACAUGUACCAGGAGUUCUGGAGGCCCAUCUUCUGCAUCUUCUGCUGAUUGUUCUUCUCCAAUUUUACUGUUAAGAAAGAACACAAUGCUUUUAGUACUGACAUUUCCUAUAGCACGAAUGUACACAAAGCCUUUAUCAGCUCAGAAGGCACACCCUAAAACACGCCCAAACACAAACAUACGAACACCCAUAUUCAACUCACCUGAAAAACAGCUGCUUAUUGCCACACUGAUAUCAAUUAAUUUUCAUAUAGUUUUGGUAGGAGGGUAUAGAAUGUUACUUUCUACAACUGGGCUAAGACUUGUUCAUAAUUGAAUUCUAGAAAUGGGGUAAGAUGUUCAUAACUGAAGCAAGAGGAUGAGAAAUUGUUAACAAUAAACGUUACCUUAAAAUUCAGUCACUACUGUAACCGUGCUGCUUACUGUCUUAGAAUGAAAGGUGAGAAGUAUAUAAAAGAUCUAAACGAGACUAAUGCGCAGUCUUUUUCAUCCCAGCAGUGCGGUAAGACCACGCAGCAGUCCUACAGAUCUAAGAUACGGCAACAGAGCACGGAACUUUCAUCACGGGUGGUAUAAGCCAAAGAAAGGUUUUCAGUUUUACUUCGUUCUUCUCUGCAAGACUUCGGUUUGCAGAACUCACCCGCAGCCCAAGGUGACAGCACUCAAUCAAAAUUACACACCAAUAUCAGCCCUACCUUUUAUCUAGCCCAAAGCUGAACCCUGCUAGUAAAAACUGUCGGAAAAAGAGCCAAAACACAGAACCUUCGAAAUAUUUUUUGUCCCUCUUCAUAAAGCUAAUCAAAGAAACCCAAACACGUGGGAUUGCCAGUUAAGUUUCUCCUCCCUCUGUCAUGAGUACAGUCGCUAACAAUGACCACCUUGAUUUUAUCUAAUGUAACAGCAAAAGUCAUAAAUGAAUUUUAAGAAUAAAUUACACAAUGCCUCCAAGUUUAUUACUGGCACAUUUGGGAGCAAUUCAGUUGCCAGGGCAUGAGACUUCCAGACCUUGUUGUACCCUUCACAUGACAACUAUGUCUUUUUUAGAUUUUUAAUUUUACUAUUAAAAUUUUUUUCUAAAUAAAAUGGAGGCAGAAUAUACUGAAAUGUCUGCUUACAGAUUUUCUGUAUUUUCAAGUAUCCAACAGGGCCAGAGAUUGUUCCGUAAGAACCCCAAACCUUCGAUGUUUAGAAGCUUUAUAAAAAAGGACUUUAUUCAGCAACGUCUCUGUCCCAGAUACGGAAGGAUGAGUCUUCUGUCUCUAUAAUUAAGGCAGCCUUGGUUUCAACAUACUAAAUUUAGUCCGCUUGAAAGCAAUAAAUUUAACACAGUGGAAAUUAUUUUUUUUUCUAAGUUAAUGAUUUAAACUUAAGACGAUGCCAUGUUAUGGAUUAGUUUAGUUUAGUGGCUCUAAAGGCCCAAACCAAAAAAGGAAAGCAACCUGAUAUUCUCAGAACAUCCACAUCAACUCUGGUCAAGGAACUUGAAGAAUUGGGAGAAACUUAUAUAUAGAAUUAAGCCCCCGGAAGAAUCUAAGGUCUCUGACAGCAUGGGCUGUGCUUGUCUGUUCACGAGGCUACCAUCAGCCUUACACAACGCACAGCAGGAGCCCACACCUGCUGAAUAAAUGGUGAGCAAAUGAGUAAAUCCUGUGAAAGCUGGACCCUGUGUAAGGCAGAAACCUGUCAGAGAAGAAAACGCAAAUAUUCUGCAAUGAAACGAGUGAUAGAAAAGUGGUAAGACUGCACCCUGUCAAAGGUGAAAAACCUCUGAGACCCGGAAAAACAAAGCAGUCCCAUCGAGUUCAGGCUCUCACAGGUUUCAAUAAAAAACUAUGACUUUAAGAACAAUCCUGCCAGUACACUCUCAGACUCCAGACAGGAACAACAUGGUGAUGCCUUUUACAGCAAGUGUUUUAAAUACAAUCAUUUGGAUGUUAAAGUGCGCCCUGGAUGGAUACUCACUCGUGUGCGUGUGCACAUGCAUGAAUAUCACUAGAAAACAGAAAUGCAUUUUAUAGUUGAUCUGUUGACUCAGUGGUUCACCUCUAUUUUAUGGAGCAAAAGAUCUUCAAAGUACUUAGUAGUUACUUUAAUAUUAGGUUUAUUAAAGCAGAUUAGUGAAUUGCUCUUAUAGUUUAUCAACUAUUGUGUAAUCUGUCAGAUUAGCAUAUUUGUGCAAUCUCUUGUCAAUAGAUUCUAAGUUACCUUAAAUCCCACACAUUGAGGCGGCGAUCGGUACCACUUGAAGCCAGAAUGGUUUCGUUAUGUGGAGACCAGUGGACCUAACAAUACAUAUUUUGAAAAUGUAUUUCAGAAAUCAUGCAUUUCUAGGUUUGUGAAAACUGUGCUUAUUAGCAGUUUUUCCCAUUCUGUGUCUUCUCUGGGCCAGGCCCACGGUCACAGCCAGGGCCCUCACCCCCUUCUAGCCUUUCAGGUGCUCUGAAAGGGCCCAUCUCCUGGCCUACUGCCGUGAAGGGCACACUCCCCAGCUAGGCAGGCUCUCAGGAGGCGUCCCAAUGAGCUUAUUCAGCCCCAUAACUAUCGCAGAAGCACUGAUGGUUCUCAGUGAGGUCUAUCUUAACCUAAGCAAAUCUGUCCCGUACAGGGCAGACAUCUUUCCCCUGUGGACCCACCAACCUGGCAUGCCUCAACUGAACAGUCCCUGGAUUUCGCUUUUUAAACUGAUCCUGUUUUGCAAGGCUUUUUCUUCUACUUCAGAACUGGCUUCUCAAAAAAUCUCCACUAGUUUAUUAAUAUAGUACAACUAAGAGUAGCUUUUUAAAAAUGCAACGUCCCAUGCCUGCCAUACAGUUGGAAAAAAUUAAAAAUUUCCCCUACCAAAUAGUUACUAAAAUCUGACAUACAAAUACCAGAAAACUGUUACAUACCUGGAAAAUCUCAUCUUUAUGUGACUCAAAGGUAUGGAGUUUUAAUUUUAAAUUACGCAGAUCCCAUAAAGCUACCGUCUGAAGAAAAAAAAUAACAAAAUGAAUUUAUUUCUGGUACUUUACGUAAGAUAAGGUUAAAACAUCUAAGUAAGGCCCAAAAACAUUUGGGUUUGUAAACACCAAGUUUGCAAAAACUUCAGAAACCUUAUCCGCAGAGCCUGUUGCUAGAAUGAACUCGCUGUAGGGAUUGAAUGACAGGCAGUUGACCUCGGCUGUGUGAGCAUCCACCAAGUGACUUGGCUUGGAGGUGGUGUUGGAUCUGGUGUCCCAUCUAAAAACACAAAGAUACAAAGCCAGCACACGUGGGGAAGAGUACACCUCACCAGCUGGUCCCACACCCCUGCUCUUCUCCAAGACAGCAGCACCCCACAAGUGCCAGCACUGCUGCAGGAGCUCACCUCGAUACCAAGGCCAAACACACAGGGAACGGGAAAUUAGCACUCCCAACUGAAACGAUCAACCCUAACCUCAGAACAAACUAAGAAUUCUCAUUAGAGUCCUCUGUUUUAACUACGAACUAUUUCGAGCCCACACAAAAGUACAGACUUCUAGGAGAUAAUGAAACAAUUUGAUACCUACAACCUAGUCUUGUCCUUUUGGCCACAAGUAUUUUCUUUAUAAGGUUAAAAAGUUAUCAGAGGCAGCUGAAUCCAGUGCUGCACCAUGCCCUGACUGAAUCAUUUUCCUCCCUCAUCUCCAGCUGAAGCCACCCUGAUCCUGACUUUGCUAUCAGCCAAGCCCCGACAUGUUUCUUCCCAUUCACGUCUUUUUUUCUUUCUGUAAAUAAGAAACUGUACUGGUUCAUAGAGCACAGUGACUCUCCUGUCAAAAGGCCAUUACAUACAUGUGUGCAGUUUAUCAUCAGGCAAUUAUACCACAAUAAAACUGCUGCUGACAUAACUUAAAAAGAAGAACUCAAACCAGAGUCCACAACAAUCACUGAUGGUCCCUCAGGGUACCCGUCUAACUCCCCGCUGAACUUUCCGCCUUACAUCAUAAGUUUCUGAUCAUCAGCGACGGAUCCGAACAAAGACUCGUGGAGCAGAUGCCAGGCCACAUCCUCCACAACAGCCGAAUGGCCAGUGAAGAUUGCUUUCGCAUCCACGAUUUUGCCUUCCUUUGGUCCUGCAUUUAUAUCCCAUAAGCAGACAGUCUGAAGGAGAAGGGAGGGGAAAAAAGAGAACAAAAGCUGUAAGAGAGUGAAUUCAGAUACUAACAUCUUAUUUAAAACAUUUUUGUUAAAAACAAGACUCUAUGAAAGUUACAAAUAAACAGAAGGGAAAAUAUAAACCAAAGUGAAACUUCCGGAACAGAAGGGAGUGUCUGAGUGCAGCUUCCAUGGCUUGUGGUGCACACGGCAAGAAGAUGGCACUGUAAUGGAGGCGAGGGGACCAACCAUGUGGCAGGCAAGGGACACUCAAGCUGGAGUGCCUCCAUGCAGACAGCCAAGUAGCCAAAAUCCACAGAAAUGGCACAUCACUGAGAGCCAGGUGCUCGGUAUCAAGUGAACAUAAACACACAUCCUAAAAAUUCACACUGAGUUGGGACAAGUGGGAAUUAAAACUAGGAAAAUUAAAAGGCACUUCUUACAGAGAAAAAGUAGUUUGGAUAAGCCUCUCACUUCAGGACAGAGAUCACCACAGACAUCAAGAGACAGCUGAAUGGCCCUGGCCCUAAACUCCCUAGGCGACUUGGAGAGGCCAGACCUUGUGGCCUGCAGAUCUCUACAGCAGGCUCCUGGAAAUGUCAGCAAAGCCCCAGGGGAGGCCACAGGGCCUCCACAGGCCACAAAGAUCACACUCCCACAGAUCCCAAGGCUUCCACCUUCUCUUGGAAUCCCAUCGUAAAAGUUAAGAGAAAGUAGGAAGGAAGACAAAGGUAAAUUUCAGGGUACCCAGAAAGGAAGUUAGCAAAUUUACUCAUCAAAAAAAAAAAAAAUCAUAAA